AUGAACUUCAAUUCGUUAAGAAUCAUCAAGAAUCUAGCUCACAAAAGAUACAAGGAGACCGUUCCUCCAAGAAAGUUAUUUGGUGCUCUUGAUAACACAGCAUACGUUGCUCCUGCAGAUAACAAGUGGCGUCAUGAGGAUAGUCAGUCUGAUAAUGAAGAGCCUGAGCUAAAAAGGCUGAUGAGUGAGAAAUUUGGUCCAGAACCGGAUGUGUCUGAUGAAUCGGAUAGUGAUGAUGUUGGUGAUGAAGGUGGUGAUGCUGGUGAUGCUGGUGCCGUUGGUGCAUCAAGUGUAGGAACUACUGGUGGCACAUCACCUGGUGGUACAUCUGUGGGUGGUACCUCAGCAGGGGGAGUGUCAGCGGGUGACACAUCAGCCGGUGGUGAUGAUGAGGCUGAUUCUGACUCUGAUGAUGAUCUUUUGCUCGAACCAGGAUACGAAAUGUAUCUGGAUGAACGCGGUGUAAAAAGGUACAGGAAGAUCAGACAAGAAGAUGAUCUGGAAUAUGUUCCUUCUGAUCCUGAAACGGAACGUGCAAGAAAAAGGAAAGAAGAAAAGUGUGCUCAGCAUCAGAAAAAGAAGAAGUCUCGAAGAUACUUAAGUACCUCCUCACGAGGAUCUAUGCCGCAAACUCCUGUUCCAGAACCACCUGUAGUAUCGUCACCUCCUGCAGCUCAAACUGUAUCUCCGCAGCUUAUUCCACAACGAUCCAUGGCUGCUGCAAUCAGAGCAACCACUUCUCAACCUAGUGGUGAACGUCAAAGGAUCUUCUCGGAGAUGACUCAAGAAGAAAAGAAUAACUUUCUAUUCUCACAAUAUGAAGCUGCAGCAGACCGGAUUACGAGACAGACUGAUUUUAUCCGGAUUACGAAGAAUGAUCAAAUCAGUCAUCAAGUGGAGAUUGAUAUGUUGAAAUCUGCUGUUGGUGAACAACAAGCUACUAUCCAACGCCAACAAGCAGAGAUCAAUCUUCUUAAAGCUGAGAAUGAAAGAUUGAAAGCUUCCGAAGCUGAAAGGGAUAGAAGGAGUUUGGUUCUUCAAAAGCUGGCUGAAGACCUGAGAAAUAGAUGCGAUGUCAUGAAAGAGUGGUAUGACUCGCACUUGAAGGGGCUAGGAAGAUGA